AUGGAGCAAGCUUUUCUUGAGGAACAAGCCCGGAUUGAGGAGCAAGCUCUUCUUGAGGAGCAAGCUCUUCUUGAGGAACAGGCACGUCUUGAGGAACAAGCCCGUCUUGAGGAACAAGCCCGGCUUGAGGAGCAAGCCCGUCUUGAGGAACAAGCCCGUGAGGAGCAAGCUUUACUUGAGGAACAAGCCCGGAUUGAGGAGCAAGCCCGGAUUGAGGAGCAAGCCCGUUUUGAGGAACGAGCUCGUCUUGAGGAGCAAGCUCGUUUCGAGGAACAAGCUCAUCUUGAGGAGCAAGCUUUUCUUGAGAAACAAGCACUUCUUAAGGAGCAGAUCCUCCUUGAGGAACAAGCCCGUGAGGAGCAAGCUCGUCUUGAGGAAGAAGCCUGGCUUGAGGAAGAAGCCCGUGAGGAACAAGCUUGUCUUGAGAAGCAAGCCCUUCUUGAGGAACAAGCUCGUCUUGAGAAGCAAGCCCUUCUUGAGAAGCAAGCCCGACUUGAGGAGCAAGCUUUUCUUGAGGAACAGGCACGUCUUGAGGAGCAGAUCCUUCUUGAGGAACAAGCCCGUGAGGAGCAAGCCCGUCUUGAGGAACAAGCCCGUGAGGAGCAGACCCGUCUGAAGGAACAAGCUCGUCUUGAGGAGCAGUCCCGUCUUGAGGAGCAAGCUCGUCUUGAGGAGCAAGCCCGUCUUGAGGAACAAGCCCGUCUUGAGGAACAAGCCCGUCUUGAGGAACAAGCCCGUUUUGAGGAACAAGCCCGUGAGGAGCAAGCCCGUCUUGAGGAACAAGCCCGUGAGGAGCAAGCUUUUCUUGAGGAACAAGCCCGGAUAGAGGAGCAAGCCCGUGAGGAGCUAGCUUUUCUUGAGGAACAAGCCUGGCUUGAGGAACAAGCCCGUGAGGAACAAGCCCGUCUUGAGAAGCAAGCUCUUCUUGAGAAGCAGGCCCGACUUGAGGAGCAAGCUUUUCUUGAGGAACAGGCACCUCGUCUCGAGGAACAAGCUCGUCUUGAGGAGCAAGCUUUUCUUGAGGAACAGGCACGUCUUGAGGAGCAGAUCCUACUUGAGGAACAAGCCCGUGACGAGCAAGCCCGUCUUGAGGAACAAGCCCGUGACGAGCAAGCUC